AUGGCUGCUUUUCAGUGCAAAGUCUCUUUGCGGCCCUCAUUCCCCAAGUUGAAAGGGAGGGUCAUAAAGCUCUGCUUUUAUUUGGAAAGAUGUUUCUGUGGAGAAAGACCAGGUGGUAGACUUUCAAACGGGUAUUUCGGAGAGGUUGACAAGUACCUAAAACCAUUUGAAGCCUUUAAGCUGAAAAAGAAACAGAGGAGGCGGGGAGGGAGGGAAGAACCACGAAGGGAAGAAAAAGGGAAAGGUGAAGAGGGACAGAGAAAGAGAAGGGAGGAAGGAGAGAGAGAAUGGAGAGAGAGGAGGAGGAGAAGGAAGAGAGGAGGCGGGGGAGAGAGAAAGCAGGAGAGGAAAAAACAUGGCGCUUGCGAGCUGUAUGUGCAAAAUCCGCAAGGAAUUGCAGUAAAUUCCUUUUUGUUUGAAGAAAAUUUACAACUUGGUAAUAGACCUUUUUAUGACCUAUUUGCGGUCGUCAUUGGCUGCGGCUGGUCAUGUGCAGGCGCCGCUCGCCUUCACGGCCUUUUUCCUGAUUUCCCAGGCGAAUUUCCCCCCCGCAUUCUGCUUUCCCAGAGCCUCACCCCCUCUUUUUCUAACCUUUGUCUCUGCAGAGGUGGGCUCCAGUCGCCGGCUGCGGGAUUGCGGAGUCCGCCGCGGCCUCGGCUCUCGCCCGGCGCCCGGCCUGGCCCCACCGCCGCUCACUCGGUCCGCAUCGCCGCCACCUCCGGAGCUGGUGGGGAGCCCGGCGAGGGAGGGCCUGGAAGGGGCCCUGGGCGCCGAGUUCCCCGCUGGCGCCGACACCGCCUGCCAGGAGCAGCCGGCCUGCUCGAGGUGACUGCAGCCGCGCGGUUCUGGCGCGGCUUCUUCACCAACAUGAGCGGGUCUCUGCGUCCGAGAGUGAGCGCAGCCGGGCAGCGCCUAGUGGAUUACAGCAGACGCCCGGACCGACCGCCGCCUGUAGCUCGGCAGCCUUCGGGUAAGAAUCGCCCCCUCCCCGCGCCCCAGCAUGCCACCAAGAAGCCUGGGGCGCCGACCCCCUUGGGCAGCUCAGUCCGGCUGCUCCCCUACAUUUCCCGGGGAAGUGGGGGUCGCUGUCUAAGCCCCUUCCCCCAAUCACUUCGUUCCUAGGGCGUCCCCUGGGGCCUGGGGUGGAGUCCGGCUGGGUUCAGAAGUCUAAGGGGGCAGUAUUAUUUCAAAAAUUCUGAGAUAUGGGUAGCCACAGACAGGAUCCCACUGCCUAGAUGGAGAGCCCUUCAAUCCUACCCUAGGAAAGUGUAUAGACGGGUUACUACUGAACAUCUCCACUUUGCUGGGGGUCACUAAAGACAUUUUAUAUAGAGCUGUGGUUUUUGUGGUUUACCUGUGGCCGUGGCCAGAGGUUCCUGGGAGGCUAACAGGUGUUUUUUGAGGGUUGGGGCUUGGGUGGGGGUGGGGUGAAUUCUCUGUUUCUAGGAUGUGCUUGGUGUUUGAAUCUAGGCUUUAGUGACUGAUGCUGGUUAAUUUCUAGGGUUGAUGGUUUAUUGGGCCUUGUGUUGUAUGAGAUGGAAUUUUAAAUAUUUUUAAAUGUUUCUCUAGUUCUUAGAGAAAUUUUUAAACAACUCAAGAUAGGCUCUUCCCGCAUAUGAUAAUCCGUCAGGUGAAUUUGGAUUCUUUUAUAUCACAAAAUGAAUGCAUGUUUUGGGAGGUAAUGGUAUCAGAAUAUAUGGUGCAGGUCUUGGUAAAAACCCAAUAGAUCUUUGAGAAAUACAAGACAUCUCUGUGUUGAAACAUCGUGUGUUUCUUAUUUGCCAGAGUAGGAAAAGAGUAGAUCUUUUUGCUCUCUAAAUGUAUUGAUGGGUUGUGUUUUUUUUCCCACCUGCUAAUAAAUAUUACAUUGCAACAUUCUUCCCUCAACUUCAAAACUGCUGAACUGAAACAAUAUGCAUAAAAGAAAAUCCUUUGCAGGAGAAAAAAAGCUAUUUUCUCCCACUGAUUUUGAAUGGCACUUGCGGAUGCAGUUCGCAAAUCCUAUUGCCUAUUCCCUCAUGAACAUUGUGAAAUGAAACCUUUGGACAAUCUGCCGCAUUGCGCAUGAGACUGCCUGCGCAAGGCAAGGGUAUGGUUCCCAAAGCACCCAGUGGUAAAUCCUAACUUAUUAUUCCCUUAAAAUUCCAAUGUAACAACGUGGGCUAUAAAAGAGUUUCUGAACAAAACAUGUCGUCUUUGUGGAAAGGUGUUUUUCGUAAUUAAUGAUGGAAUCAUGCUCAUUUCAAAAUGGAGGUCCACGAUUUGUGGCCAGCUGAUGCCUGCAAAUUCUCCUGGAUCACUAACUCUGAUCACUUACAAAUAAGAAACUCGAGUGAUUCUUAUUUUAUUUGGAGUGUUUGUAUUUUGUAAUUAUUUCUCUACUACAGUACAAUGACCUUUGAGGUCAUUCUUUGAUCGGGGUAAAAAACAUUCCCCAUUGAAAAGCAGGCACCUGGACAGUGGCUUCUAGGCCCUGCCGGGUAGAUUCGGAGCAGGAAGAGUCCCUAGGUCGGAUGGUGCCCGGGUGGGGGUGGGGGCGUGGCCCUGAUGGCCAAGCUCUAUGUUCAGAGCUUCAGUGCUUUUCCCUGGUUCUGUAGCCCAGCGCGCUUGGGUGACUAAAAACCUGGGUUGGGUGCAGGUCCGAUUACGCAGCAGAGGUUGAUGUCAUGGGCAGAUUUGGAAGACUUGAGGGGUUCUUUGUAAGCCCCGUGGUAGCAUUAAUUCUUAUUGGAACGAAAUGGUCGAUUGCAUCUAAGGGAAAUAAUCCGCAAAUCACAGGAACUCUCUGGCCAUUAGUCCACAAGAAGACCAGUUCGUGCUGUUGCCACUACCGGAAAUAACCCCAUUGUUUCUGUUAACCUAACCAAAAAAUGAAACGAAAUUUUAAAACGCUGGGACCCUGAGAGCUGAGAAGCCCAGAAGUAUAACUCCCAGUGUCCUUGGCCCAAACCUCUGUUCUCUCAUAGAUCAGGGAGCCGAUAGCAUGUCCGGGCCUUGGUGACGACGGGUCAGGCCAUGAACUGGGCUUGAGAUCUCUGGCGAGGACCAGGAGAAAGAGCGAAGCUUGAAAUUAUAAAUGUGGCCAAGCACGAGAGCUGAAAACAAAGCGUAUUUUCCCGUCAGAUGUUUCUACAAAUAAAUUUCGCCAGAGUUCUGUUUUCUGAAUCAGAGAGGCAAGGGAAAUCGAACAAAGACAGUAUUUCACCCUGGGCUGGCAGGCAGCUGUUAGAGGUAUUUACGGCCUUGCCGCAGUGCGGCGGCCAGGCAGCCGGGUAGGGUAUGCGGGGGCACCGGAAGCUGGGGAGAAGCCAUCAAGAACUCAGAAUUUCAACUUAAAUUCAAUUUAGGGUCACGUUUUCGGAAAUGGCGUGAACAGAUGCCCUCUUUCUAGGGACUGGUCCUUUAGACUUGAUAGUUUUGCAGAAUGAGGGAGAAGUUGUGCUCUCUGGAUGUAGGAUGGUUUUCCCCGCCUUGAAGAACGACUCAAGGGAAGCGGUGCCCAAGAUGUGACAUUUCUGAUCCACAUAACAACCUUCAGAGUGUUCAUUGGCAACGAGGAGAUGCUGCUUGUUCGGCGGAAUAGGGUUUGCAAAUCAGAAAGGACAGUUGAAGCUUUUAAUACAUGUUUUCCUGAAAAAGAAAAGUGUGUUUCCUGCUUCUUGAGAUGAGGUUCCCAAGCUCCUCUGCAUCCAGGCGUAGAAGCAGUGCGCGGUACCUUAUCCGCACUGCGCGGUGCAAGCCGGCCGCACAGCUCACGGUCCCGCAGCGCCCGCCACACACCCGCGCCAGGCGUCCAGCGCAUGUGCAGUGAAAUGGCCUAGCCCGGGAAUUCGAUCGGCAAAGCACGGGUGUGGGGGCGGGGGGGGGGGCGAGUGGACUCGAGCAGGAAGAUACACCCGAUCUUUCCAUUCUCCCUCCGUCAAGGCUCGCUACUCAUCUUGUCUUUAUCUCAGCCUUCCCUGUAUAGCUGAACAGUUCUACCUUUGGCUACAUUUCCAAUCAUUAUGACUUAUCACCUCACCCCAGUUUAAAUCUGUACGCUAGACAUAGGCUGAAAAUACGAGACGAGGGCCAAAGGAAACACUCUUCUUUCCAGUUUAUAUAUAUAUAUAGCAUAUAUUUGCCCCUCGGGGAAGGCUGUAGAUUUUUUUUUUUCAGCCUGGUGCUACUACUUUGGGAAAAGGCCUUUUCUCCUGGCGCCUGUUCAAACCGCCACACUUCAGGUCAAUCCUUCGGCCUGACCAUUCCCGGAUCUUGUUAUGCCAGCACAGCACAUUCGAGGGCUCUGGGGGGCAGCAGCUCGGCGAAGAGCAGUCAAAUAAAUAAAUAAAUAAACAAAUAAAUGAACGGACAUAUAAGGGCUUUUCCCGCCUGGGUUCGCUUAAAUAAUAGGGGACAAGCGCCUCUGGGCCACGAGCUUGUUGUUUGUCCUGGGGUGGGGGGUAGGGGAUGAGAGGUGGCCUCAGGUCCCUCUUGCUCCUUCCAGCCGCCCCAGGGGACACUGUAGAACCAGCCUCUGGUGCGGGGAGACCUCCGCCUGCCGGAGGAAGUCCCAGCCUCAGGUUUCCGGGGCUGGUGGUCUCCCUGCUCUGCUGUCUGGCGCCUCGUCCAGGAGGAGGCGCUGUAGGACAAGCGUCUCGCCGGCUGCGGCGGGCCGGGGAGGGCGGGAGCGGAGGGAUCGCUACCCGCUCCUCCCUUCCCGCGCACUCUACCUCCGCGCGCCAAGUGUGUGGGGCCUCGAACAAGGGUCGACGGUGCUGCGCCCCAUCCCCCAAGGGGUUCCUUUCCCCAGACUGGCAGUGGAAGCAGCUCCGAGGCCUGGGAGCCUAGGGCCGUUCCGGGUUGGCGGGCCACCUCGCUUUCUCCGCCCUCCCGGAGGGGGCGCGAUUUCCUCGUGCUGCGCUUGUAGGAGCAGCAACUUGAAUCCUGUGUGGGGCAAGCUGGGCCCAAUCUGCGGAUCCCAACCAGCCCCUCCCGCUGGGCCGUGGGUCUUGUCAUUUACCUUGCCCGGGAUUCCUGGUACCCAGAAUGGACAGCCUUGAAAAGCACAUCCUUUAGUGCCUCCUCCAACAGGCUGAUGGGCCUUGCCCUUGCUCACUUAGAACAGGGCCUGGGUCCUGGGAGUCCCUGGAGACUCAGAGCUUGGGUAAAUCCCAUUUGCUCUGCAGCUCAAGAGAACUAGCCAGAUGCGCAUGUCUACUCCACACCACCCAACCACUCUUCUACCACCACUUCGCUCAUUUCAGGCCUUUUGUGGGCUCCACUGGGCACUCCUCGCACCAGGUUCAAGAGCCAGCGACACCUUACUUAAAUAAUGCUCUGACCCAAUCCCACUGAUCCUCCGUUAUCUCUUGGCAAUGCAGCCUUUUGUCCCCCUCUCCCCACCGCCUUCUCUAGGAUAAUGAUUCUCAGUGAAGACCUGCAUCAAAUCUCUUGUUUAUAAUGCAGGUUUCUGGGUCCUAUCCCAGACCUACUGAAUCAGAAUAUCCAGAUAUGGUACCCAGAGACCUGCAUUUUGUAAACACUCCUCCGCCCAGGGCACUUGGGCUGCAUACUUAUGUUUGAGAACCACUGGUCAAUUAUUUCUCCUGCUCCUUUUAUGAUCCUUUGUUCUCCAAAGAUCAAGUUCCCUCUAACCCUACAACUAAGCAUCCCCCAGAGCUCUUAGGGUUCCAUCCAGGGUUGUGGUUUUUAAGGUCACCACCCUAUAGACUGAAUACUUACAUUUUAGGGAAGAGGCCGUGGAUCCCUUACUUUUGGCUUACAGAUUUCAAAGACAGCAAGUUGUGGGUUCAGACUGCCAUGGUACCACUUACCUGUUGCGUGACCUUAGGCGAGUACUGCAACUCUCUAGACCUGUUAAUUUCUUUGAAAAGGAGGGAUAAGAGUACCUUCAAGGGUUGCUAUGAGAAUUUUUACUUACUUGCAAUUCUAUAUGUCAGGCACUAUUCUAACUGCUUUAUGUACUUUAACUCACUGGUUAAGUACUUAAACCAGUGUUUUGCCACAUACCAAGUAUUCAAUACAUACAUGUUUCUUAUUAUACCCCUUUUGCUGAGUAAUCAGGCCUAGACUUUUAGAGCAAAAGACCCCUGGUUCACUCACCAAAUUUUUGAAUUCUAUGGAGGAGAAGACAGGCUUGAACACACAGGAAGUAGCAGACUCAGGAGAACAUAGUUCCGUGACUUAACCUAUUGCUGUUGUGGGCCACAUAGUCCUGGCCCAUUGGGUCUCAGUGUCUGGCACCUAAAUGUAUCAGGGUUACACCAAGCAGAAAGUGGCCCUAACUCCUCAGUGGGCAGGUAUCAGGUAGGGGAGGCCUCACAUUCACACAGGCACAUCUUCGACUCCCACAGAUGGCUUCAGGUCUUUCCUGAGAGCAGGCCCAUUUAUCCAGCUCCUGCAAUCACCUUCUCCAUCACCACCCUGUCCUGUCAGUCACACCCACUGGGCUGGUUGUUCCUCUUGUUAUUCUAUAGCCCCAGGGCGAGGACCCUCCUUAGUCUUUUAAAAUCUAGGGCAGGGUAGGAAAGCAAAAGACCAACAACAGCCAAGGAAGCCGAGGAGCCCCACCUCCACUUCCCCCAACCCUUCUCACCCCUUUAACUGCUUGUGCCCCAGGAUCUGGGCUCCAGGGCAGCAGCUGAGCCUCUGCCCCCAACAUGUGUGGGGGUUGUAGCCAGAAAGGGUAUUUUUAUAACUCUUCAUAAAAGAUGUAUGGAAUUUAAAAGAAUUGGAAGGGUCAAUGGAGAAUUGAGGGAUAAGUCCUCACCCUUAGUUCUGGGUCCAUGACUUCUGGCUACAGACUUUUUUCCUGAGAGCCUUAGUAGCUCUUGGCCAAGCUGCUUUGCUUGGCUUAACCAGGAAGUCCUCCUGGGUCAGAUUUUCCCUCAAAACAUACAGUUUCUUCUGCUACCAACCUUGUCAGGCAGUGUUCUGCCUACAGCCUAGGGCAGCACCUCCUGUUCCAACAAAUCUUGGUUCUCCUAGUACUUGGAUAGCCACCUUAGCCUCUUCUGCCCUUCUUGGGACCACUGGAGCCUUAUUUCUAGCCUCCGCUCUGCUCUCAAACAUCUUGCUCCAAGCCCCCUCCCCUUUUGUUUUGGUCUCUUCUCUCACUAUUGGCCUUUUUGUCUGGGGUCACCUCUGCCUCCCUGGGUCCUCAAGCCAGAGCUCCAAUGAGUGACUCCACUGGGGCAGGGGGAAGUGGGCAGGGAGAGAAAUGUUUCUGUUUUGGUGAUAGAGUAUAGUGCCAGGAAUAUAGAGUUAUGUUUCCCUCAUGCUGGGGACUCCCUGUUCAGUCCUUCUCUGGCUAUACCCCCAGACUACGUCCUUAAGUACCAGCCCUGGGCAGUCUUCUUUCUCCACCUGCGCCUGGCCAGGUAUUCAAAGCCCCACCUAUCUCUUCUGGUUGUACAAACAUUUAGUUUAAGAGGAAAGCUCCACCCCCCUUCAGGCAAAAGGCCUCUUAAGAGCCAAAAUGAGAAUAUUCUUUCCUGGAGCCACCUAGCAGGGGCCCUUAGGAUGGGCAGAGGGCUGACUUUCAUUACUUUUGGAGUAGAGCUGCUUCCUCCCAGAACCCCUUCACUCUCUCCUCCUUCCUGCAAGCUACUUUGGCUCCCAGGGUUUGGAGGAGCCCUACAAGGUGCCCUAUCUCAUGGGAGCUUCCUAGGCUCUUUUUAGCCACAUGGGGAAGGACAGUACCUACAGUCCCACUUUACCUAUAAAUUAAUUCCUUCUAGGUUUUGAAGAAGGCUCAACUUGUCUUUCCCCACUGCCUCUUCCAUUAUCACCACAACCAUUGCAAGUUCUUGGGAAACUCCCCAACAAACUGGCACAUGCUAGCUCUACUCUUUCCACCACUCAGCUUCUCUCCCCCAUUUCACUCUUUCUUUCAUCUACAGAAGACCAGGAGGAGGGGAGGAGAAAAGGAAUAGGGGAAGGAGGAGACAAGAGAAGAUUAUGAGAAGGUGGACACUUACUCUCUCUUUAAUCACUUUGCCUCGCUUUCCUAAGAUCAGGACAUAAAUGAUGUCUGCCUCAAUAUAUUCCUUUCGUCUCUCCUUUUCUUUACUCACAGCUACUUUUCCGUUAUUGUCUAAAUAUACAGAGUAGGCUAUGUAAUUUUAUCUUUUUGUGUAGGCCACAGUAAAGGUUGCAAGCAUGUCUCAGUCACCAUGCUUCAUCACCGUUUGUUCAAAGAAUGUCUACCUAGCCCUGACUGGGUACCCAUCACUGUUUCAAACACUAUUUCUCCUCAGUCUUAUCUUCUCGUUACCCCAUUCUCAUAAAAAGCUCAUCACAAUUGCCUGGAAACUAAUAUGUACUAUGAUUAAUUUCUUUCUUUCUUUUUUUUUUUUUUUGAGACAGAUCCUAGCUCUGUCGCCCAAGCUGGAGUGCAGUGGUGCGAUCUCGGCUCACUGCAACAUCUACCUCCUGGGUUCAAGUGAUUCUCCUGCCUCAGCCUCCUGAGUAGCUGGGAUUACAGGCAUGCCACCACGCCUGGCUAAUUUUUGUAUUUUUAGUAGAGAUGGGGUUUCACCAUGUUGGUCAGGCUGGUCUCAAACUCCUGACCUCGUGAUCUGCCUGUCUUGGCCUCCCAAAGUGCUGGGGUUACAGGAAAAUAAAGAAAGCUCUUCUCAACCCCUCAAACUAUUAUUAUUAUUUUACAGCUGCUCAUCUAGUGCUAACCAGAAUCAGAAACUAUGUUUUGAAGAGUUUAUCCAUUUUUAAAAACAGAUGCCAUCAACCAUAAAAGAAAAAUAUCUUCCUACAUGGCUAAUGAAACAAAAAAAGGAGAAAUGGAUGCCUUACAAUCCAGGCUAAUAGCCCCCUGCUUUCUAGCUAAUGACAGUGAAAUCAGGAAAUGGGUUUGAAAAUGCAUGUAGAAUGGGUGGAAAUUGGGAUGCAAAGAGAUCUUUGUAUGAAGGGAUCUCUUUUAUGGGCUUGAUGGGUCGUUCUGAUGGGAACAGUUGCAACUGAAUUUGAUUUAGAAAUCAUAUGUGUGUGUGCUCUACAAAUCUCCACAGAACAUCCAUUAUUUUCAUCAGAAUAGUCAAAACCACACAUGUUUUUACACUGUUUGGUGGCACUCUGGUGGGCUAUUGAAGGGUGCUGGGGGGUCAAUUCUCUUUUUAUUUAUGCUCCUUGGUGGGAGCUGAGGGCAUCUUUCCCUCUCUCUUACCCCCACCCCAGCCUCCCCCAAGCAGAGAAUGCCACAUUUUCCUAGAGAGCAGCUUCAGGCCAAGCUCUUUCCUUGGCUUUCUCAGCAGGACAGCGGCAGUGUACUACUCUCUCUUCCUCUCUUAGGCUCUCUCCCUGGUGGGGGCAGCAGUGUGGGUGUGGGGGUAGUGCUCCUAAAACUCCCACCCAGUUUUGAGCCCCCAAAGUUCCUGAGCCUUAAUCACUGUGCUUGGAGACACCAUGGGAGUGGGGACAUCUGACUUCCUAGGCUUGGAUUCCUUGAGAGUCUCAUUUGCUUCCUCACACCCUGUCGCCUUCACACCAGGGCUGUUUUAUUGUUUUAUAACCUUCUUUGGAGCUUUAGUUGCCAAAGAUUCUAAUGAGGCUAUUCUCCACUUUCUCACUUUACCAAACCCCAAGUCUUGCUGUGUUAAGCAGUUUGGUCACUUGCAAAGGCUUUCCUUUCAGAUCUAAGCGAAUUACAGAAACCUCUAGGCAUGUGGCUACCUUCAACUUUGUCCAAGCCCAUGCACAACAAUAUGGAGGGAGCCAAGUGUUAAUUCCAACUGCCACUCCCACCCCCAAACCCACCCAGCCUCUCCCUAACCACCCUUUCUCCAUUGAAACUUGAACAAAAUCUCAAAUAACUUCCAACUUCUGUCAUAAGCAAAUAAGAAGUGGCUUUUGACCUUCCUCUUUAUCACAUCUAGAGCUAGAAAAUUAUUGAAAUAAAGGGGUUGAUGGUACUCACAGUGAAUGCCGCCAAAGAAUCAUAAGACAUGCCCACCAACUAGCCUUUUCCAAAUAGCACUAUCUCCCAACUUAAACAGCUUCUCUGAAAAGAUGCUAUUUGAAAAGCCUGGGGUAUUGAUAUGAAUAUGACCUCCCUUGCAUCCUGGAUAUUUGGAACUAUUUAAAUCUGAGGUAACAGUUGCAGCGAACCUUUAUUUAGUGAAUAAAAGUUUAAAGCCAAAGGUUAUUUAUGGUUCUGCAGAGAUGGGACCUGAGUGGCUAUUUACGAGCACGUGAUUCCAAUAAACUUUGUUUUAUGGCUUGAGAGUUGACAAGCCAAAAUAUAAUUCCCACCAUAAAUUAGGUUAAGAGCAUACAAGUGCAGAUGCUGGGUUCCUGGAGCAGGAAUAGGAACGUGAGAGGCUCCAGCCAGCUCCAGGCUAAGAAGGAGACGGUUCUACUCCCAGCUCCCCUGCCCACUAGGAAAGAAAAACAGUAAGUCACUUAUUACUUUUUCCACAACAACUUCAGAGGUGGGAGAUUUCUCUGUUCCUGACUUUUCUGCCUAGGAUGGGGAUAAGUCUCAUCGAAGUUAAUUCUAAUUUUAGCCUAAACCUAAAUUAACAAAUAGAAUGAGCAUCUCGAUCUCCCAUGCCCUCCCUUCCUGAUAGGGACAGUUAGGAAUUGAGGGCUCUCACCUCACAAGAGGGACUUACUGCCCCUCUCCUCCCCAUAAGAGCAUCUCCUUCAGAAGUGGAAUAAAACAGUGGUAUUCUGGGUGGGGAAAGAAAGAGAGGAUGAGGGUGAAGCUGCUUUGUCCCUGAGAUUUCUGAUAUUGCUUUCCUAUAAUAAUAUCAGGAAAGACUGAAAACUUAAAACUGGACACCAGCCUCUGGGAGGACCACUGCUUAGUAAAAUUGUCUUCUGGGCUCUCCAGCAGCAAUCCUGAAAAAUUGAUGUCAUACCCAUAGAGCUGGAUAACAAUCUAAAGCAUUGCCAUUCACCUUUAAACCCAUUGAUUUUCCUCCUCCUUGGUUAUCAUUUGGGUCCUCAUUUCCCCCUGGAAAUUGCUCUUUGUUUUGAAUUGGAGUAGAAGUGGCAAGUCCCAGCCAUGCCUGAUUCUUCUUUGAAGAAGAGAAGACAGGUUUUGGGGGCACUGGUUGGGGCUGAGGAAUUUGAAACCAAGCUGAAGCUGGAAAGGGAGGCUGAAUUGCUCCCAGGGUGGGAGAGAUAGGAAGCAGGGGUGAGGGGCAGAUGGAGAGGCUACCCCCUCCCCAGUGGACCUGCACCCACCCAGCCCGAUUGCGCAGAAGGAAACACACAAAGGCCCAUUUUCUCCUCGCUUCUCGUUUUCCCACUGGGAAUACCCUGUUACAGGCGACCUGACUCGGGCCCAGUAACUAGUGAGGUUUUGCCCAAGGGUGCGUGGAGUGGGGGAGGCAAUGGAGACCGAAAUCUGUCAUAAUCCGUGGCUCUGCUCUUGAGGGACUGCGGUCUCCGGCUCCGCGGAGAACUUUGCGCAGUUCCCGGGGGCGGGCACCUGAAGCAGGGAGGUCUGGGUAUUGGUGGGGUAUCUGGGCCUUGUCAUUUUUCUGUGUGUUAUAUGUGUCUGCUUUAUUAUCCUGUGGAAUUUAAGUGAUCCCCGUUUUCAUUGCAACAGGUUCAGGACCAUGAGAGAGCGCCGCUGUAAGUACCUUCCCGCUUCUUCCGAAUCGCGAAGAGGCGGUACUGAUCGCGGGGAAGUGGUGGGCUAAGGGGCCAAGCCAGCGGAGUGGGCGGAUAGAAGAAAGGCCCUGCCUCCCCCACCCCACCUCCACCCUCCACCCCGGGCCUCGCUCUGCGAGGUUAGCCCGCUUCGGGAGGUGGAGGCGCUAAAUCGAGGUCCUGGAAAGCUUUUCUGGGGCCUGGUUCACAGACACCUGCCUGAGAGAACGGUCCGCGGGGUCUCGCCUUGUCUCCUUGGGCCUCCCUAGACCUUCGCGGCCCUUCCCUGCUCUGCACAGGUGCAGCUCCGCCAAGGCGCUCACUUCUGUUAAGAGCUUGCUAAUUAGCAGCCUGUCUCAUUAGCGGCUUCAAACCAACGCAGUAAACACCAAGGCCAUGCGGUCCCCUCCGCAGCCCAACCCUUCUUAACCUGGUCUAGCCUGGCCAACCUUCUGUUUUUAAAAAAAUUCACUGAAAACAAAAACUCCAUCCUCUGUGGCCGUGGGUGUGUUGAGUUGCCCGCUUCUGAGCUUUACGUGGACAUUCCUUCCCCGCCCCUCCCCCGAUCUGUUUGCAGCGGUGUGGGCCCUGGGCUUGGGACACUGGCUGAGCGAGGAGGGAUACGGACCUUCUUUUCACCUCUGCUUCUCUGUAACUGCAGUUGGAGAAUUUCCGCCCCAGAGGCGCUGGUGCUGCAAGGAGGCAUAGGAGGGUGGAGUGGGGUGGAUGCGGUGGGGUGGGGCCAGAGACUCGUGGGAUCCUUGGCUUGGAUGUUUGGAUCUUUCUGAGUUGCCUGUGCCGUGAAAGACAGGUACAUUUCUGAUUAGGCCUGUGGAGCCUCCUGGAGGACCAUCUCAUUAAGACGAUGGUAUUGGAGGGAGAGUCACAGAAAGAACUGUGGCCCCUCCCUCACUGCAAAACGGAAGUGAUUUUAUUUUAAUGGGAGUUGGAAUAUGUGAGGGCUGCAGGAACCAGUCUCCCUCCUUCUUGGUUGGAAAAGCUGGGGCUGGCCUCAGAGACAGGUUUUUUGGCCCCGCUGGGCUGGGCAGUCUAGUCGACCCUUUGUAGACUGUGCACACCCCUAGAAGAGCAACUACCCCUAUACACCAGGCUGGCUCAAGUGAAAGGGGCUCUGGGCUCCAGUCUGGAAAAUCUGGUGUUCUGGGGACCUCUGGUCUUGCUUCUCUCCUCCCCUGCACUGGCUCUGGGUGCUUAUCUCUGCAGAAGCUUCUCGCUAGCAAACCCACAUUCGGCGCCCUGUAGCUGAACACAGCACAAAAAGCCCGAGAGAUCAAAAGCAUUAGUAUGGGCAGUUGAGCGGGAGGUGAAUAUUUAACGCUUUUGUUCAUCAAUAACUCGUUGGCUUUGACCUGUCUGAACAAGUCGAGCAAUAAGGUGAAAUGCAGGUCACAGCGUCUAACAAAUAUGAAAAUGUGUAUAUUCACCCCGGUCUCCAGCCGGCUCAGCAGGCUCCCCCAAUUUGUCUGGAUAGAGCCUAGGCCCAGUGUCCCAGGAAGGUGGAUACUUGGGAGUCUUUGGCAUUCAGGGAAAUUGGGGGGACUCUCCUGGGAUAAACAGAUUCUGCAGCCUCAUAGCCCUUGUUAGAACUGGCGCCCCCAAAAUCCCUACGAAACAGGUAAAGUGGUGGAAGCAAAGGAUGGGGGGGAUGAGCAAAGUGCCAGGCUUGGAGGGGGAGUAUCCCUGCCCCACCCCACCAGGCCCAGGCCCAGGCUUGAAACUAAAUUUUGAAUUAUGUGGGAGGUAGGAAGGGCAAUCAAGACAGUUAAAAAAAAAUCUAACACCUUCAGCCUACAGUUAGGCACCCAAAAGCCCCACUCGAGCCAGGGCAUCCCUGUGCCCCUGAAAUCCAUCGAGGCUCUGAGUGAGUCUGCGCUCUCCAUGCCCUGAACUGAGAGACAAGCACUGCACAGUGCCGAGGCGCUGGGGCGGGUGAAAUUUGUGAACUUUUGUACUCUUGUGUGCUGCUGUCGGCAAAGCAAAAAUAAUGAAAGUUUGUGAUAUGUUUGUAAAUGAUUUCGAAUGACCCCUCGCCCUGCCCUUCACCAUUAGCGCGCCGGCCUCAGCCCAAGGCGGCUCGGUGCCUGUGAGCAGCGCCUGCCUCGGGGUCUGCAGCAGCAGCGGAACGGAGAGGCCAGCCCGGAUCAGGGCCCAUGAAGGUAUCUGACAAGGCGCCGUCGGAUUGAAAUCGCUCACACCCUGUGUCUGUCGGAGCGCCAGAUCAAGAUCUGGUUCCAGAACCGGAG